CAACAUUUUUGUACUGUUCUCUUGUCAGCCGUUUGUGACGAUUCGUGAUCGUACGCGUAAGAAUGCGCCACGUCUUUUCGCAACCGUUGCCUUUGCUUGGAUCGGGUCGGAUCUCCUGUCGUAUAAAAGUGGAGAAUUUCCCCAAUCUUCUCCACCUUUUGUCAUUUCUACGCCACACAUUCGCCGUUGAUUUUUGCCGCCGCUCACGUUCAAUUGCCGUUGCCGUCUCAAUUUACACAGAAGGAAACAUGCACCUUCUCCACGUCGCGCGGAAGGCAAAGGCGAUGGCCCAAAACCGAGGACGAGAAGAGGAGGCGCAACGCGGGCCGCCGUUUAGGGAUACUUCCGGGUCCGUUACGGUUGUUCCCAACCGGGAAGUGGUUCCGACCCGGAACCAGAGGAAGAGGAAGAUCCUCCAGGCCGAGGAUGAGGAAGCCGCGUCUGAGCAGGACCUGAUCAUGGGUCAAAGUCCCCCAGCCAAACGUCAGACCAUGCCCGAGGACGGGAAGUUCUCCGCUCUCAUCGGAGAGAGUGGUGGGGACGCGAAAGCCGAGGCCGAUGCCGCGUCCCUAACCGUGGUGCUGAAGGACGAGGGCGAAAUCCUCUCGUCCUUGCGGGAGACCGUGGACGGGUUCCACCAAGCGAUGCAGAAAACCGUCCAAGGGUUUCACAAAGAGGUGACGGCCAAACUGAGUCUUAUCAGCGAUCGCCGGGGUGGAGCUGAAUUCUCUUCGGGGGUGAACUUCCUGGCCUCAGUGGAGACGGAGCUGUCCCGUCUAAGGAAGCUGGCGACUGCCAAGCAUGAGCAGGUGGCCGACCUCGAGAUGCAGGUCGGGUUUCGGGUCAAAAACAAGUCGGGUCACUUUUUUCCAGGUUUAUCCAUAGCCGAGCUUGAGAGCAAACUGCACCAAUUUGAGGGCAUGAUAACCGAGAUGGAUAUGGAGUUGGCCGAGGCCGUUUCCCUGCAACUCUCGGUCAAGGCAGAAAGGGAUCGAGCCAUCGCCGAAAAGGAGCAAGCCGUCGCCGAGAAGGAGCAUGCCAUCGCCGGCAUCCUCCAGUCCCCAGCCUUCAAAAAAGCUUGCAUGGACAAAUUAGCUGAGUAUUAUGACAGCUGGAUUGAGACUGAGGCUGGCAUAAAGAAGCUUGGGAACGAGGGACCCAAAUGGCUCGAGACCGGCGUCUACCAUGGGAUUCAGCUCGUCCUCCGGCGGACUCGAAGAGUGGACCCAUCCUUUCCUUUGCCUGGGGUUGAUAUUCCGGAUAUGCACGAUCCUGAUUUGAAUGGCGAGCUCGGCCCCAAUCCAGAUUAUUUUAGGACACCCAACCGCGAGGAUGAGGACGUUGGUGUCACCGGCGAAGAGCAUCCCUCGGACACCCUUCCCUAGUGUUUUUCCUUUGUGAUUUUUGAUGCUUUCAUCCCUUUGUACUGAAUGAAGAUUUUUCAUUUAC